CUUGUACAGCCCGCCAACCCGCAACCCUCCCCCUCUCCUCGUCCGGAUUGAAUAUCCCCCCAAUUACAACAGAACAAGACCCCGGAUUCAAUCCGAACAACCGUCACCAUGGCCCGCCGCGAGAGCAGAUUCUCCCAACAGGUGCUCAUCGACACCACGCCGAUGCCCGACCACAUCCCCAAGGUGGAGGAGAUCGGCGCGACGUCGGCACCGCUGCUCAGCGCGGCGUACUUCAUCGGCGACCGGUGCCGGGCGUACAACGACGACUUCAUGAAGUGCAAGGCCGAGUCCAACGGCCGGGGUGAGCUGGAGUGUCUGAAGGAAGGGCGGAAGGUGACGCGCUGCGCCGCGAGUGUGAUCAAGGACAUCAACACCCACUGUCUGAAGCAAUUCACCGCGCACUACGAAUGCCUGGAGAACAACAACCACCGCCUGUGGGACUGCCGUAAGUCGGAGAUGAGCUUGAAUGCGUGUGUUUUUGAGAAGCUGGGCCUCAAAAAAACCAUCCCCGACGCUCCCAAAGACCAGACCCCCGUCCACCUGCGCCCGACACAGAUCUACUCGCGCUAUCCCGGCAAGCAGUGGCACGCCAAACCCGACGGGACACCCAUCCUGGAUGAUUAAGCCUCGGCGGUGGUGGUGUAUGCUUGUCUGCAGCAAACUUAUGGUCGUGUGUUUUCCUUUUUUUAUUCUCGCUCUGGUCCUGCUUUCGAGGAGGGAGGGGAGGUGUGUUUCUUUCUCCUAGAGUUUAUCCGAUCGGAAUGUGUUUGACUCGUCGUUGAGUGUGUGUAUGUGUAUAUAUUAGCAUCUGGAAUACGUUUAUUGGGGAC